AUGAAGGAUAUUGAACAGGAUUCUUUUGUGAACCCGGUACCGGUUUCUAAAAUUAAUCACCGUCGUAAUAGUAAUUAUUAUAAGUGUUUCCAGAAUAAUUACCAUGCUCAUAAACUUCUAAAUGCCAAUCCAAGUUAUAUCACCCCGGCCUUGUCAACGGUUAAACACUGGCAGUUAAGAGAUCUAAUCCAAGUUAAUAACUCUAAGGGAUACGUUCAUUACACUAAUAAUAAAUCGAUCAAAUCGAUUAAUUUACAAGAAAUGUCCUCGCCAGUCAAAGACUGGAACUUGAAUUAUACCCCCUGUUGUUAUAGCUAUACAAAGGACGGUUCUAUGAUCACUGGAGGGUUGAUGAGUCCAAUGGUAUCGGGAGGAGGAGGAGGGGGAGGAGUUACCCCGGAUAUUAAGAAUAUAACCCCAAGUCAUUCAAAUCGAUCAUCCAAGGGGUUAUUUUCCUUUCAUAAUAAUGAAACUAAUGAAUCGUUUGAUUAUAUUUUGGGGGAAUUAAUUAAUAAUUCAGUUAACAUUUAUCCAAAACUGUCAAAUCAAUAUAAUGCUUAUGUUUGCAAUAAUGAUUCUUAUCUUUACACUCUUGAUAUUAAUAACGAGGUUAAAGUUGCUAAUCAAAUUAAAUGUCAAGAAGGUACGGCUUUAAACAAUAUUUGUCAAUCAAAUAAGAAUUUGUUAACUAUAACUGGAGACUCGGGGUCGAUUUUCUUGAUUGAUUCUCGUGAUAAUUCUAAAAUUAACACUAUUGAAACAAAUCACGAUUCCGGUUUUGGAAUUUCUUAUCAUUCAAAUGAUCAUAUUUUUUCAACUGCUUUCCAAGAUGGUACUUGUUUAUUAUAUGAUAUUAGAAAUUUGAAAAAAUCAUUAUUUGAAAUAAAAUCAACUAGACCAGGCCAUCAAUCGGGUGCUUUUAGAGUUUGUAAAUUUAGUAACUCUAAAUUUGGUGGUUAUAAUAAUGAUUUAUUAGUUAUACUGGAACACGUCGGUAGAAUUCAUUUAAUUGAUUUAAGAAAUUUAAAUCAAAUUAAUAAUCAUCAAGUUAUAGUUUUACCAUUUGCAUUAGAUCAAUUUUCAAAUUAUAAAUUAGAAAGAAUUAAUCGAAUCGAAAAAAUUUAUAAUGAAAAUCAUAAUGAAUCAAAUCAUAAUGAUUUAUCAAUCUAUAAUGAAGAUGAAAUCGAAUUCACGGCUCCUUUGGUUUAUGACUACGAUUACUUAACCAAUCAUAAUUCCAAAUUAUUUAAAAAUUACACUUAUCAACCUCCUCCUCCUCCCUCAUUAAAAGUUCCCUCCUAUGUUCCUCCUCCUCAAUUUAAUAUUCCUCAGUGGAGUGAAAAUGAUUCUAAUUCUAAUUGUAAUAUUAAUUCUAAUGUUUCUCCAACUUCUUCUGCUAGACCUUCGUUACAUUAUGAUCCUAACACUGGUGUUUCAAAUAAUGACUUUAAUGAUUUUGUUCCUCCAAAUUCUUCUACCGUCUCUGAUCAUACCUCAGUUGAUUCUUCUUCAAUGUUGUCCUUUUAUGAUGCCUAUCAACAAUCAGUUAACCAUAUCCAUGGUGAAUUGAAUUUAAGUGGUGUUGAUUGGUUUAAUGAUCACUUAUUAAUUGGUUGUGACGGUGGUGGGUUGGUCAAGUGGAAUAUCAACUCAACCGCCCGUAGAAGUUUCGACUUGGCUUCUGUGGUUUAA